UUUCGACCCCAGCUGUAACUGGCGUCUAUGCAACAAUCGAAUUUAUAGAACAGGGAAACUGGCGUCUACGCAACAUUCGAAAAGAUAUCUGCGAACAGACCUAUUAUGCAAUUUCCUUGUGAAUCGUGAUGAAAAAAACUUGCAGUGACUCAGAAACGAAUGCAAGAGGCGAAUGGGUUUCAAUCGCUCCAUAUUACAACCAGUUGAACUUGUAUGUUGACUGACUAAGUUUGGAGGGGGCGGGUCAGGUAUGUUGAAAAUGACGAGAACUUGGACACUCCUGAAGUCAGUGUAUUGUUUUCCAGACCAUGUGGAAGGAAGGACUGUUGCUGCGACCGUGUAUUAGCCUUCAUAUCUGGAACUCCGGACAACAAGCCUCUAGAUAAUUCAUUAAUGAAAGUAUUUUAAAAGAUUUUAAUAUAUGUUUUUUACGCUUGAAACACAGUUCUUUUUUAAAUCUGGGCCUGGAAACAUCCGACGGCUACAAGGAACACGUCACGCAAUCCUGUCUCGGCGUUACUAAUAUAGCCCAUCUUACUUUGAGAACAGGAAUAUAAAUCACUUCAGUUUUUAUUCCACUUUCUGAUCGUUUGUUUGUAUUGUGAGCGAACUAACCGUGCUGUCGCUAUGGAGAGGCGUAAUACGACGCAGGAGUAUCCCCACCCGUUUGUCUAUGAGCUUAAACUCACCACCGCACAGAGGAUCCGGGGGGUUGUGUUGGGCAUCGUGCUGUUCCCCAUCCGUGUGACUCUGGCCGCCCUCUUGUUCUUUAUCAUGGGGCUCAUCGCCAGGCUGCGUCUGGCCGGCCUGUCCAGCGAGGAGCGCCUGAAGCCAGCGCGAGGCUGGCGUCGCUGGUUCCCCCAACACGCUGUCCGGUUGCUGAGCCGCGGCGUCUUCUUAGCCCUGGGCUUCCUGCGGGUGAAAAUCAAAGGACGGCAGGCGGGAGUUGCCGAGGCGCCUGUGCUGGCCGUUGCACCGCACAGCGGCUUCUUGGACAUGCUGGUGCUGCCUUGCACCAACCUGGCCACCGUGGUGUCCCGCUCGGAGAACACCAGCCUGCCCGUGAUUGGAGCUCUGCUGGAGUUUAACCAAGCUGUGCUGGUGAGCCGGAAGGACCCGGAGUCAAGGAAGAAGUGUGUCAGUCAAAUAACAGAGAGGCUGACAUCCAAUGGCUACUGGCCUCAGAUGCUCAUGUUCCCAGAGGGAACCACCACAAAUGGCAGAGCGCUCAUCAAGUUCAAGCCUGGAGCGUUCUUAGCUGGAGUGCCUGUCCAGCCAGUGCUGCUGCAUUACCCAAAUAAGCUGGACACGGUGCGUUGGACAUGGAAGGGAACCUCAUGGCUUCAGUGUUUGUGGCACACCACCUCUCAGUUCUACAUCAAUACGACCAUUGAGUUCCUGCCCGUCUACACCCCUUCGCUGGAAGAGAAGGAGAAUCCCAACCUGUAUGCUGACAAUGUUCAAAAACUCAUGGCCAAGGCUCUGGGGAUUCCUUCCACUAAUUAUGUGAUGGAGGGGCGUUUCCCAGUGAAGCAUGUGGGCGGCCUCUCACUCCCUCUGGAGUCGCCCGCCAAGGAGACCCUUAAACUGCUACACCAUGCCAGCCUGAGCACAUCUGAAGUGCACACUGUGUUGAGCAGAAUGAUUGACAGCUGUCAGACAGAUCAGGAGAAAAUUAUCUCUGUAAACCAGCUGCAGCAGUGGCUGGAACUCUCCGAUAAAGAGACAGCUGCAAAAAUCUGCUCUCUUUUCUCCAAGGAUGACACCGUGGACCUCAGGCUGAUCUGUUUGAGUGUGUCUGCCGUCUCGGGGCUCUGCAGUGUAGAGGAGCUCCUGGCCACUGCCUUCAGGCUGUAUGACAGUGAUGGUGACGGUAUCCUGACUGCAGUGGAGCUGGCAGGCCUGAUGGGGGCACUGGUGGGCAGGCCUCAGUUCAACACCUCGCAGAUCUACUCUGAGCUGACCAGCAGGGGGCAGGCUAACAAAGAAAUGCUCCUGAGCCUACUGACAGAAGAGCCAACCUAUCAGGAGCUGGUUACUGAGUAUCUACAACCAGAGGGGGCGGGACAUGAAGCAUCAUCACACCCCACGGCUGAUGGGAAGGACGGCAACCACAAUGGGACCAUGCAGAACGGCAACAUGGUGGCCAAUAAGAAGGAAGACUGAGAAUUCUACCCGUUAUUUUCCACAGCUUUCGCAAGUGGAGUUGAAAGAUAAAGUGUUUUUGAAUUGUGAAAUGUCUGCUAUAAGCAGUCUUUAUAAGAAUGGAUAGGCGUGUGUGUGUGUGUGUGAGAGAGAGUGUAAGUGUGGGUGCGGGUAGGGGAAGGGAAUGUCUGUCUUAGUAGUAAUUUGCAGUGACAAAAAGUUUACAUGUCGCAUCAUACAGUACUGUGGUUUCCAGUCUAAUUUAUGGAGAACUUUACCUCUGUGGCAUUGAAUGUAAGAUGGCCAUGUGUUAUCGAUUUGAUCGAAGCGAAUGAAGUGCACUGUCUUUAAAAAAAAAAAAAAAAAAAAAAAACUUUUAUGGGAAAGAGAAUGUACAAUCAACACAGGAUUUUGUUUUUACAUUUUAAUAUAUUAAACUUUGUAAAUAAAAUAUUCAUUUGUACA